AUGGAUCAACUGAAAACGGAUUUAGAUUUUGAUGAUCUAUUGAAUCUCGAGUCGAAGUUCAUAGAAAUUGGUAGAGAGGAUGGUGUCAAAGAUGGAAUCAAAUCGGGUGAAUUAGAGGGUCAGAUAAUUGGAUGCGAAAAAGGUUUUGAAUUGUUGCAAGAAAUAGGAUUUUAUGAUGGCGUGGUAGAAAUGUGGAUAAAAAUCCUGGAAAAAGGAUGGAAAAGAACCGCACAAAAAUCAAAAAAUGAAAGGUGA